AUGAAGACCUCCUUGUUUUUCCUUAGUGCUAUCGCUGGCGCCAGCGCUUUCGCUCCUGCCAAUCAGGUUUCCAAGUCCACCCAAUUGGAUGCUGCCGAGUUGGACUCCUUGCGUGGAGUUGGUCCCGAGACCGGAGGAAAGGCCUAUGACCCUUUUGGUGUUGCAGACAUGGCCCCUCUUGACCACCUUCGCAAGGCUGAGCUUGCCAAUGGACGCUCAGCUAUGUUGGCCACUGUUGGAUGGGUAUUCCCCAAGAUCUGGGCAUUUCCUGGUGGUCCCAUCAGCACCACCGACCCCAUCAAGGCUCACUUGGAGGCCGAUAACCAAUGGUGGGCACAAUUCAUUGUCUUCUGCGCAGUCAUUGAGGGAAUCAAGCUUCGCGGAGAAAUGGAAGGAAAGUCCUACACUGGAGAAAUUGACAAGGAAGCCGUCUUGGACUGGACUGGAAGAUGGGCAAAGAUGAACGACCAACAAAAGGAAGACAUGGCUUUGAAGGAAAUCAAGAAUGGCCGUUUGGCUAUGAUGGGAUGGCUCGGAUUUGUCGCCAACUACUUCAUCCCAGGAUCUUGCCCCGUUCCUCCCGGAUUCUAA